UCUACCUAGGGUGGCCAGCCGUUCUGGUUUGCCUGUCCUACCUACCCUUCCCUGCAGAGGUCUGGUCCCUGCUGCCCCACUGCCCUCACUUCCUUUCCCUGUGCCCCUCCUCCGUCCUCACCUCCUUACUGUGCCUCCAAACUCCUUCCCCACACUCCUCUGCCUGGUCCUUGCAUGGGAUGUCAUUCAAGGCUAUCCCUUCAGAGAGGCCAUCUGGGACAGCCACCAAUGAAGCAGCCUCCACCUGGCACUUGCUUUCACAUCUCCCGACAACUCCUUUAGGGAAGAAUUGUUCAUUUCCUACCUUUCCCAUUCACCGUUAGCUGCCAUGUGGAUGGGGGCCUUCUCAGUCUUCUUCCCAUUGUGUGGUCCUUAUCUGUCCCAUGUAAGUGGCAGAGGGCCUGGCAUCCGUGGACACAAUGAAAAACGACCACAUGAAGGUACCAGCUCAGACAAGAACGACUGUGUUCACACACACGUGAGUGUGCAAGAGAAGGCCCUGACUUUUCAAGUGCAAUAGGAAUUGAGGUGUUUGUGCACGCGUGCAAGCUUCAAAGCCUGCCACUAAAUCCAUAAGUGUCUCAGGAUAUGAAUGCGGCUGUGAGUACCCCCAGGGCGGGUGUAAGGCAUGACAAGCAUUCCUCCUGGGACCUUCCUCCUGGCUGGAAUCCCCUUAGGCCCAUUCAUCACGCGACACUGGACGAGGGGGGAUCCCGCCGAGCCUCGAUUUCCCCAUCUGAACCGCACGACUGGCAGGGGCCUCCUGGAGGAGUACGUGCUGCGUUAGCUCCAACCCACCCUCCCGGCUUCCUCCAGAGGUUGUCAAAUUUUGUCCCAGCCAGCGACUGCUGUUAAACUCGGGGAUGCAGAAGAAAUUCUGAGUGGAGUUAUUCGGAGUGUCAAGAAGGAUGGGGAGUGGAAGGUGCUCAUCAUGGACCACCCCAGCAUGCGUAUCUUGUCAUCCUGCUGCAAAAUGUCAGACAUCCUGGCUGAGGGCAUCACCAUCGUUGAAGAUAUCAACAAACGGCGAGAACCCAUUCCCAGCCUGGAAGCCAUUUAUCUACUGAGCCCGACAGAGAAGUCUGUACAGGCCCUGAUCGCGGACUUCCGGGGGACCCCAACUUUCACCUACAAAGCCGCACAUGUCUUCUUCACCGACACCUGCCCAGAGCCCCUGUUCAGUGAGCUGGGCCGCUCUCGCCUGGCAAAGGCAGUGAAGACGCUGAAAGAAAUCCACCUUGCCUUCCUACCCUAUGAGGCCCAGGUGUUCUCCCUGGAUGCCCCCCAUAGCACCUACAACCUAUACUGCCCGUUCCGGGCUGGGGAGCGGGCGCGGCAGCUCGAGGCACUGGCCCAGCAGAUCGCCACACUGUGCGCCACGCUACAGGAGUACCCAGCCAUCCGCUAUCGCAAGGGCCCAGAGGACACGGCCCAGCUGGCCCACGCCAUUCUGGCCAAGCUGAAUGCCUUCAAGGCAGACACACCCAGCCUGGGAGAGGGCCCUGAGAAAAUGCGCUCACAGCUGCUGAUUGUGGACCGGGCUGCAGACCCGGUGUCUCCACUGCUGCACGAGCUCACGUUCCAGGCCAUGGCCUAUGACCUGCUGGACAUCGAGCAGGACACGUACAGGUACGAGACCACGGGGCUGAGCGAGGCACGCGAGAAGGCGGUAAUGCUGGACGAGGACGAUGAUUUGUGGGUGGAGCUGCGACAUAUGCACAUCGCAGACGUGUCCAAGAAGGUCACAGAGCUUCUGAAGACAUUCUGCGAGAGCAAGAGGUUGACUACAGACAAGGCCAACAUCAAAGACCUGUCCCACAUCCUGAAAAAGAUGCCGCAGUACCAGAAGGAGCUGAACAAGUAUUCUACGCACCUGCAUUUAGCCGACGACUGCAUGAAGCGCUUCAAGGGUUGCGUGGAGAAGCUGUGCAGUGUGGAGCAGGACCUGGCCAUGGGCUCCGAUGCAGAGGGUGAGAAGAUCAAGGAUGCCAUGAAGCUUAUCGUGCCGGUGCUGCUGGACGCAGCGGUGCCCGCCUAUGACAAGAUUCGUGUCCUGCUGCUCUACAUCCUGCUUCGGAAUGGUGUGAGCGAGGAGAACCUGGCCAAGCUGAUCCAGCAUGCCAAUGUGCAGGCCCACAGCAGCCUCAUCCGGAACCUGGAGCAGCUGGGGGGUACCGUCACCAACCCCGGGGGCUCUGGGACCUCCAGCCGGCUGGAACGGAGGGAGCGCCUGGAACCCACCUAUCAGCUGUCCCGCUGGACUCCCGUCAUCAAGGAUGUGAUGGAGGAUGCCAUUGAGGACAGGCUGGACCGAAAGCUGUGGCCUUUUGUGACUGACCCCACCCCCACGUGCAGCUCCCAGGCUGCUGUCAGCGCCCGUUUUGGCCACUGGCAUAAGAACAAGGCGGGUGUGGAGGCACGGGCGGGGCCCCGGCUCAUCGUGUAUGUCAUGGGCGGUGUGGCGAUGUCAGAGAUGAGGGCAGCCUACGAGGUGACGAGGGCCACUGAAGGCAAGUGGGAGGUGCUGAUUGGUUCCUCGCACAUUCUCACCCCCACCCGCUUCCUGGACGACCUCAAGACGCUGGACCAGAAGCUGGAGGACGUUUCCCUGCCUUGACCCUCCCACCUACAACCCUGCCCUUUCCUCUCCAGAGAAAUAAACUGCUCCUUUCUCUCUGCCA